UAAUAUGUUCCGGAAUUUUGACGGUGGCGCUCUGCACCGUUAAUCUGCUCACUGAGAUAAAUAAGAAGCAGGGGCCAGGGGUGUUUUGUCGUUGCUUGUUGUGGAGGCACGCUGCGAGGGAGCGACGACAUUGUUUGAAAAGCUUGACAUGAUGACGACUUCCCCGUGGGACCGGUGGUACUCCGCAAACUGCUGUCUAUGCUGUCAUGUCCGCACAGGAACCAUCAUCCUGGGGGUUUGGUACAUGCUCAUCAACGCUGUGGUGUUACUCAUCCUGCUCACCGCGCUCAGUGAUCCUGAGCAGUACCACCUGACCAGCGCUGAGUUGGCUAAUGACUUGGAUGUCAUGGAUGAUGCCAACAUGUGCAUUGCCUCGGCCAUCUCACUGCUGAUGAUACUCAUAUGCGGGAUGGCAACAUAUGGUGCAUUCAAGUUGCGUGCUGCCUGGAUCAUCCCAUUUUUUUGCUACCAGAUCUUUGACUUUGCACUCAACACCUUAGUUGCUGUGAGCAUUGUGGUUUAUCCAAACACGAUACAGGAUUACCUGCAGCAACUGCCUGACAAUUUCCCUUACAAAGAGGAGAUUGCUGCACUGAGUAAUGUGUGCUUGGUUCUCAUUGUGCUGAUAUUCAUGAGCUGCAUCCUGGGCUUUAAGGCUUACUUGAUCGCCUGCGUGUGGAACUGCUACAGAUACGUGUGCAGCCGCGGCACUGCUGAAAUCCUGCUUUAUGUCACAACCAAUGACACGACGGUCCUGCUUCCUCCAUAUGAUGACUGCGUCAGUGUUCCUAGUAAACAGGGUGCCCAUCUGUCCUUGUCCACAAUGACAGCAUGAGAACAUCGCCCGGAUCCCUCUGAGUGGGGCCUGAUGUAAAUUCAAUCCAUAUGUGCACCACACUGCCUCUCCGAUGUCCCUCAAACUCCUGCUGUUUUCUGCACACAUUUUUUUAUGAACAAAGUAAUCACACACGCAUACUGUAAAAUGCACACACCAUAACACCGGCGUGACCUAACCCUUACUUAUGUAUCGCAUUAGUCCCAUACACACUCUAAUUCCGUCCAUUUGAGGAAUUCCUGGAAUAUUGUAUGCAUUCAAGUUUGGUGGUAAUACCAUUAAGAAUGAACAAAUGGUUUGAUAGAUGAGAGAUUAUAUAUAUUUUUAUUAAUGCUGUGCUUUCUCUUUGUGUACAUGUAAGUGUGACUUUCAUGCUCAAGCAAUCAAUGCCCAGAGCGGAUGAGUGACGAGUUGACAUGAUUCCUGUCCGUUGCAUCUCUGCUCAUGACCAGGCUGGAAUGCUUUGACUGUAUUUAUACUGCACUGGUGUUCUCUUCGAUGGACUCCACCUCAGAAUAGAACAUUGACAAAAAGGUGUUUUGAGAGUGUCCUAAUAUAAUGCCGUGUGUUUUGUUUUGUCUUUUUGCUGAUGAGAAAGAAAACAAAUACGAUCUUUGUCUAAAUUGUUUAAUUGUAGUUUAUUGUAGUUUAUAAAUUGUAUAAAUUGUAGCGUUGAGUGAGUGGAAAUUGGUUCACAGAGUCUUAUUAUAAAGUUACAUUUGGGAAUAAUGUGACGACGUCAUCGGACUUGUAUGUUACGUGGGCUAAAUUAAUCCAUUUGUGUUUUUUCAAAGAAGAAAGGGUUCUGUUAUGUGAAAAAAAAAACGCAGAAGUGCUUUUGGGAUCAAUGUUUUCCAGAAGGCCAAUCAAAGUUAAAAAAAAAGAUGUUUUCUCAUGCAUUAAACUCAAUUUGAGAUUUCA